GCGCCGCCUCAGCGCGGGCGGAGCGGCGGCCCAAGAUGGCGGGGCGCCGCCCCGGCCCUCCCCGCGCGGCCGGCCCGCCCUCCGUCCCGGCAGCAGCCGCGGCCGCAGCCAUGGCGUCGGGGUGUCGGAUCGGUCCCUCCAUCCUCAACAGCGACCUGGCGGCGCUGGGCGCCGAGUGCAGCCGCAUGCUGGACUGCGGGGCCGACUACCUGCACCUGGAUGUAAUGGACGGACACUUCGUCCCGAACAUCACCUUCGGCCAUCCCGUCGUGGAGAGCCUGCGCAAGCGGCUGGGCCAGGAGCCGUUCUUCGACAUGCACAUGAUGGUGGCCGCGCCAGAGCAGUGGGUGAAGCCCAUGGCCGUGGCUGGUGCGAACCAGUACACCUUCCAUCUAGAGGCGACGGACAACCCCGGGGCGCUGAUAAAGGACAUUCGGGAGAACGGGAUGAAGGUUGGCUUGGCCAUCAAGCCUGGCACUACAGUUGAACACUUGGCACCUUGGGCCAAUCAGAUAGACAUGGCUUUGGUGAUGACGGUAGAACCUGGGUUCGGAGGACAGAAAUUUAUGGAAGACAUGAUGCCAAAGGUUCAGUGGCUCAGGACACAGUUUCCCUCCCUGGAUAUAGAAGUAGAUGGAGGAGUGGGGCCUGACACCAUCCAUAAGUGUGCAGAGGUGCCAAUAUGAUUGUGUCUGGCAGUGCUAUCAUGAAGAGCGCAGACCCCAGGUCUGUGAUCAACCUGCUCAGGAACGUGUGCUCGGAAGCAGCCCAGAAGCGCAGCCUGGAUCGAUGAGACUUGCCCAAGCCCUGUUCCAGAGGCUCUGGCCAACACCAACUACAGAAAUUUCUUGCUGCUGAACAGAGGAAGCAUUCCUUCACUGCAAUGAAGCAAGCAGCAGUGGGAAACAUCCUGGCUGUCUUUCAGGGUUGGAAAUGAAAUGGUUUGAACCUGUCUCUUGAUUUUGUGGAGGCUAAUUUUGUGGCACAACCUCUAAUGCUGGCUGGAUUGAAUUACAGUCAGUUUGUUGCUUGCUAGAAGAGUGUAGCAUCACCACAAGAAUCUCUCUUGUGGAAGACUCUUAAUCAAACUGCCUUCUGCUGUCUGUAUUUUGUCAUUUGAUCUGUGCAUUCCUACAAAACUUUUUCCACUACUGCAUUAAACACCCCUUCCUUGGUGUGUUAAGUUC